UCUCGCCAUCUCUAUCCACACCACUCCAUCUACCCACAUCUCACCAACACAACCUUCAAAAUGGCCGACAACGACGCCCAGCACGAGCAGCACACCUUCGAGAGCACCGAUGCCGGUGCCUCCACCACCUACCCCAUGCAGUGCUCUGCCCUGAGAAAGAACGGCCACGUCGUUAUCAAGGGCCGCCCCUGCAAGAUCGUCGACAUGUCGACCUCCAAGACCGGCAAGCACGGUCACGCCAAGGUCCACUUGGUCGCCAUCGACAUCUUCACCGGCAAGAAGCUCGAGGAUCUGUCUCCCUCCACCCACAACAUGGAUGUCCCCAACGUCUCCCGUCGCGAGUACCAGCUCCUCGACGUCACUGACGACGGUUUCCUCUCCCUCAUGCUUGACGACGGCUCCACCAAGGACGAUGUCAAGGUCCCCGACAACGAGAUUGGUGAGAGAAUCAACAAGCUCUUCAUCGAGGAGUCCAAGGACACCAACGUCAUCAUCCUUACUGCCAUGGGUGAGGAGUGCGCCAUUGAGGCCAAGGAGGCUCCCAAGUCCGGUUAAACGAUUUGCACAUCCAACACAUCGAGACAGCGCAUUCCAGGCGCUGCUUCGGAGCCAGACGGGCAUUGCAACAUUUCCGCUCAGCGUAUCGCGGAUGCUUGGUCAUGCUUGGUCAUGCUUGCUUUCCGCUGCUGCUGCCAGCUUUUUGUUCAAUCUCGACGGCGUCUAAACGCAUGUUCCCCCUUUCGACCCCCUUCUUUCACACGGGCGAGUCGUCGUGCGUGUCUUAGACAAUAAAUGUCACGAAGCGAUGGUUUUCCAAAAUCUAAAAUGCAAAUCAAUUUCCGAACAAUGAAG